AAGAAAUGAUUUUACCACUUUGCAUUGCACAAUUGAGUGCAAAAGCUUUUUAAAUCUUUGAUAUGCCACAAUAACAUUGUCAACCUAAUGUUAGAUAUUGUAUGUUUUGUUUCACUCGCUGAAAAUCGGAGGGAUUUGAAAGUUCUUUAUGUUACUGCGCUAGGUUGAUGUGAUGUUCUCGCGCUGUGGAAGUAUCAAGAAGUCAAGCUCACAUAAAAUAUCAUGCGAAGGAUCAACCUCAGAUAUAGAAGGUUACAAAUUCUCGUAUGUACGAUACAUCUGUGUAAUUAUUGGUUGUAUCCUAAGUGGUGGACUUCUACGGUUACUGUUUCACUGGUUUCCUCAUUGGAUGCUACGGUGUACACAUAAAGUCUGUGAUCUCAACGAAGCGAACAAAGUCGAGAUAAAGGAUAUUUCUGGUAUCUAUAUCCAUAAAGUUCAAUAUCCUACACGAGGAAAGCCAAGGUUAAGUUACUACUUGAUUCAUAUUACUGUUGCAAAUUAUGGGCUGUGUGAUAAGUAAAAUGAACCUUUAUUCUUUUUAAUCAAGGUCACAAUAUGACAAUUCGACAACGGACGGUUUUCUUGAAAACCAAACUGAACGCCCAUAUAUCAUACAUAAAAAGCUAAAGUACAUCUGGAACUUUGAGUCUGAAAAUUUCGAGCUACUACAAAACUGGGAUGAGCGUCCUUACGAUGAAGUAUUAAAUGCACCCACCUUAACUACGGAUCUAAUUGAAACUCGUCGAAACUUGUAUGGAAUUAAUAAGAUAGAUGUCAGUCUUACACCCAUAAUGAGGCUUGUUUUGAAUGGAUGUCUCACCCCGUUUCACUGCUUUCAAGUGUUCAGCUGUGUAAUAUGGUUUUGUGUCGAGUACGAAAUAUAUGCAACGUGUAUUGCUGUGUUCUCUGUAACAUCACUUAUUUUUCAGGUUUACGAGCUUCGUAAGAAUGAACGAGCUUUAAAGAAAACUGUAUGCAUUUCGUCUAAAGUUACUGUAUGCAGACGUCGUGACGGGGAAGAUGGUAAGUUUGAGCGAAUUUCGAAAUUUUAUUUUUGAUAUCAAGAUUUAAAUACAUCUUUAAUGUACUUGUAAUCGACUUAGUUUCUCUAAAACUCUUGAGGUACACAAUCGUUAUCUUUGUUUGAUGUCCUCUCAAUCUAAAGACAUUUUUGGUAUUUCACGUGGUAGUUUCGCUAGCACUGCAUGUACAAUAUGUUUCCUAGUAUACUGAUCGAGAUGAUAGGCUUUGUAGUUUAUUCCACUGCUACUCACCAUCUGUCUCUACUUAUAAUGCACGUAACUUAAGGUAAUAUCGAGGCAGUGUGCACAUUGCACAAGCUAAUGUCUAUCUGGACUCAGUCGCUAAGUGAAUAGUGCGAUUGCAUUUGAAGCGAACAGUUCUAGGCUUGAGUUCCGGAGUGCACAUGAACUCUGGGAGUCAGGUACAGCUGACGAAACGCGAGUUCUGGAUUUCAUUACUAGCCACCACCCAUCUGCUUAUAGUGUACUUUAUCUUACCAUAAUCUGGUAACUAGUGUUCGUAUUUCAUGCAUAUACACAAAACAAGGUUGAAUAUUGAACCUAAUUUAGAAUUUGCUGAUUUUUACACUAAGCAAAUUUUAAAAAGAAGUUUGUGAAUUUUAAAAAUAUAUUUCCUUAUGUUCAGGGAAGUUACACAAAAGUAAUCAUGCCGAAAUUGUACAUUGAUUUGCAGAUCUUAAAGUUUUUUGGUUAUUUUUAAUUAAACAAACCACUGAAGGUGGCGAAGUGUUUAACUCUAGAUUGUUUAUUUGUUCCGAAGUGUGAGUUGUCAUACGCUACACAUUUAUGCAGGUCGAUAGAAUUUGUCACGGAUCCAUCAGUUUUAGUAACCAAUAACUACAUCUCUAUUUACUAUCUAGAGAAUAGCAUCUUUCGUCCAGAAAUUUAGCUACUAAGAAAGUCUUGUUUAUUGAGUCUAAUAAUUACUUGUCGCUUUCAAUUAAAAAUAAUUUCAUAGAUUAUAUGAAGUCCAGCCAGAUAUACUUUCUAUGGAGCCGUAUUGAGCGGUUGCACAUUUGAUGUUUCAUAUGGUAUUAUUUCAACACUUUGACGACUUAAACCUUUUUGAUCUAGUAAAAAAUGUCUAACUCCACUAUAGACUGGAUGCAAAACCUGAAUAAACUAGAAAGGAAUUCUUCUACAAGUUUUCCUAUCCUAUGGACCAGCUGAUAAAUUGUUUUAGCUUUCAUUCAGCCGAACAUAUUUUCCUCUUUAAUUCGUAUAAAUUUUUUUAGAAUUGGGUUUAAAUAUACUGAUGUGAAGCUGGGUUCAUUAAAGUUGAAGUAUUCACUCACUUAGCAGUGAAUUUAGAAAUACAGAUAUGAAGGUUUUUGCUUUUGUUUUUCAGACAUUGAAUAGUAUAUAAACUAUUCCACCAACUCACGUUUUCAAUCAUUUUGGGUUUCAAUCGAUCAUGUUUUAACGACAAAAUUAAAUAAAAACGUGAUAUUUUGUUUUUGGCACCAGAAAUGAAGUAGUAGUCUAUUCCGAACAUAUGAAAAAUGCUCCAUGAAUUUAAUUUCUACUGAAAUACUAUGCAUAAUUGCAGUUAGAUUUUAACCUUACUCAAGUGAAUCACUCCUACAAUUUUAGAGGUCACAUAGUUUAACCGAAUUUUCUAUCGAUCUCGUUAGCUAAAAAAGGUAUUCUGUUAUUAUUUGUUAUCAUAAGAUGUUUACGGUUCAAAGUAUGCUAGUAAAUAGCUGUAACCUUUAAAGUACAAGAAGAAUCACUUCGCAAGUUUAAUUAAGUACUGGGAAACUAAUAUACUUGAAACAAUUAUCAUUAACAGUAGUGCCUGAAGGAGUUACCUUAUUAGCUUUAAUUACUGUUUAAUGUAUCUUGUUUAAUAAGUCCUUUUUACGAAAUUUUAAGGAAAAGAGUAAAUUGGAGAACUCUGUAGUAAUAAGAAAUUUAUCUUUUCAUACCCGUCUUUCACUGGGUCUUUAUCACUGGUUCUAUAAUAUUCAUGCCGUUACUUAAAACAAACAAAAUAUAUCUCAUGCUGUCAAAGUUUCUUCUCGAUCGUCUUGUGAUCUAGUACAAUCUCUCAUUUUGGUGGAGUUUUGUUCUCUGAGCUGGAUGGUUUGGUCGUGGAGCUUUCAUCGUUCUUCUGAACGACAUCAUCAGCACAAACUUCAGAUAGAAGUGAAGUGUUCGAAUUUCUCUCAUUUAAUAAGUUCACUAGCUUGACUUUCAUCGCUUAACAAUUUGUCUUAAUGGGAUCAAUGGUAAAAUCAUAGAUUUGUGGCCACUAGAUUUUAAAUCCUAGUCAAGUUAGUUUUACUACUUUUGAGUCCUAUGUAUUUUAAAUGACCAUUCCUUAGCUUUCCGAACAGUGAGAAUAACUGGUAGAUGCUUAGAUAACUGAGUUCUGAAUUUGCCUGCUAGAUUCGUAUUAGUUUAAGAAGAACCUGUCUGGUCAGUAUAGAUAAUUGUGUUGAUAUUUUAAAAUAUUUUACUAACACCGCAAUCAGAGACAUUGAUCUACAGUAAAGUUCUUUCCGUGUUUAACAAAAGGUGCUAUAAUUAAAAGCUUACAUGAUGUAGAGAGUAACAGAUAAUUUGCCUUGCAAAAUGUGCAUUCAAAUUUAACUCUGUAUUUAUAUGUCUUCAUCUGUGUUUGCGACCGGUUGUUUAAGGUACACUGGAUUUAUUUCACUGAAGAAGUAGAAGUGAAUGUACUUUUACUGGCUUCAUAACAUUAGCUAAUUUGGAAAGCGCUAACUUCCUCAAGCAAAAGCUAUCUGCUAUCUUCACUGUGACUCUAGGAAACACCAAGUGUUAAUUUGACCAAAUAUAGUGUAUUAUGCGACUGCUUUCUCUAAACAAGGCUAGGGAAAACGAUUUAUGUAUAUUUUUGUUCUCUAACGGUUAGAUUUUAUGCUUGUCGACUCAACCGAAUUGGUACCAGGAGAUUUAAUUGCUAUUCCGAGUAGUGGAUGUUUGAUGCAAUGUGAUGCAGUAUUAUUGAUGGGGAACUGCAUCGUGAAUGAAAGUAGCUUAACAGGUGAAAGUCUUCCGAUUACAAAAAUCCCACUGCCCAAUGGACAAUAUGAAAAUACCACAUUUGAUUUUCGUUCAUGCCCACGACAUAUUCUCUUCAGUGGCACAUCUGUCAUUCAGACACGUGGUGAUAUAAAUAAGCGUGUUUUGGCUGUAGUUAUCCGAACGGGAUUUAUGACCACUAAAGGAGAACUUGUGCGAUCUAUCAUGUUUCCGAAACCUAUGAAAUUUAAAUUUACUCAGGAUGCCUAUCAGUUUUUAGGAGCUCUUUGUGGAGUGGCACUUGUUGGUCUGUGUGUCUCUGUUUAUCUCAUGUAUUGGAAUAAGAAGGAAUUGUACUAUAUUAUUUUGAGACCUUUGGACUUAGUAACAAUUGUGAUACCACCUAUUCUACCAGUGGCGAUGAGUGUUGGAAUCGUUUUCGCUCAACGGCGACUUCGUAAUCACGGUAUUUAUUGUAUAAAUCCAAGCGUUAUGAAUGUUUGUGGUGUGAUUAAUCUCACCUGUUUCGAUAAGACUGGUACUCUCACUGAAGAUGGGUUGGAUCUGUGGGGUGUCGUCCCAAACAGAGAUGGAGUUCUUGGGAAGCCUGAAUUCGAACCAUCAAAGUUAGAUUAUGGACCUUUGGUUGAAUGCAUGGCUACUUGUCAUUCACUGACUCGAAUUGAUGGCGUCUUAUCGGGUGACCCCUUGGAUGUGAAAAUGUUCCAGUCUACCAAAUGGGAAUUUAUCGAAGUUAUUUCGGAAGAUCAACAUAAUUUUGAUUUAGUUAUAUCGGCAAUAGUACGUCCCAAGGAGGAUGAUUGUGGCGACAUAUUUGAAAAGAUACCGUAUGAGAUCGGUAUAGUACGUCAGUUUCCUUUCAGUUCGUCUGUACAACGGAUGUCUGUGAUAACACGUACUUUAAAUGAAUCUCAAUUUCAUGUAUAUACAAAGGGCGCUCCAGAGACAAUAGAAGUUUUGUGUCGACGUGAUACAAUACCUUCUAAUUUCCACUCAAAUUUGUUGGAAUUCACUCGAGAAGGCUUUCGCGUUCUGGCAUUGGCUUGGCGACCUAUCAAGGCAUCAUAUUUACGUAUUAUGCGCAUAUCGCGUGACCGAGUUGAACAUAAUCUUUUGUUUCUGGGACUACUGGUGAUGGAAAAUCGACUGAAACCUGAAUCUGGUCCGGUUAUUAAAACUUUACGCCAAGCGAAUAUACGACCGGUUAUGGUGACAGGUGAUCAUAUGCUUACCUCUCUUUCUGUGGCACGAGACUGCGAAAUGAUUGAUGAAUUAGAUCGAGUUGUCAUUGUGACAGCUCGUCCACCACCUUGUCCUGGUAAUGAUUUUGAUUCAGAUGUGUUAAAUGAAAGUCAACCAAUCCCUGUACCAAAUAUUGGACUUUCUACUGAAAAGAAUCCAAACAACAUUCAGGAUGCUACCAAUGAAGGAAAUAUUAAAAAUUUCUCAGAUGAUCUUAUCAAUUCCCUUGUUCAGUUUCACUAUGCAGAAGACUUACACAGACCGGUUACUGAAGUUGCGACAACUAACAUUCAAAUGAAGCGAAAUCUAACUAAAACUGACAACAGAGAGACAUCGAAACAGUCAUUUUCCAAGCGAUUGAAAACAAGAUUUAAUUUUGGUCGAUUACAAAGUCCGUCAAAAGCUUUUACUAGGUACAUAAGUGUUUUAUAUUUGCUUUGACCAUUCAAACUUGCGUAUGUCAGUAGUGUUGAGUUGAAUAAAUCAUCAUUGGUACUAUUAUUGCUCUAAAUAUAGUUAUUCUGCAUUCAUAGUCUUGCAUCCCUGUUAAAUAAAGACUUAAUCUGCCAAAUGUUUUUGGGAAAACAUUAUUCAUAUUUAACUAAUCAAACUAGAUGUAAAAUAAGUAAUUCACUUAAGAUGCGGUUCCUUACUGUUGUAUAUUGUGGAACUAGAUUUCUAUUCUAUUUAUCAUCCACACUAUGUUGACAUUUUUAUUUUGUAUAUGGAAUACUGAUAUAUGUUGUUUCAUCCUAGCAGUGCCCAUCUACUACUCCUUUGUAAUCUCGUAAUACGAUGAAAGAGCUAUCCAGUCCUUUCUAUUUUUGAAUGAUUGUCUAUCCGGAGUCAGUGUCUACUGUGAAACUUCAAAUCCAACAAUGAUUACAACACCCUGUUUUAAAAAUAUUGGUAACUGUGCUUUAAAGUUUUGUUGCGAAGUACUGAAAGUUUUUGACCAUGCCCUACAGUCUAUUGUUACAUGUUAUGACAUGUCUAUUUGUUUGAAAUAAGUUUAUUUCAAAUUAUGUUUGACUUCUAGGAAAUUUGAAAUAUCCCGCUAUUAAUGCUACAACAAAACGUAUGUAUUAAAGGAAUGAUUAACUGACGAGUUAUUUAAGCCUAACAUCAUUUAUCUUUCUAGCAACGCGUAUUAGGUAGUGAAGGAUUGAAACUCAGUUGUUUCUCAUUGUUUGAAUAUCAUUUAGACUGAUACUUGACGAAUAGAAAUAAUUAAUGAAACCGAGUAGAAUUCUGAAUUUUGAAAAACAAAGUUAAAUUAUGACAGGGUAUGAAUGAAACUGUAAACGAACAACGUACUUCUUUUAGAUACAAGGUAGAUUUGAAACGUGAAUCACCAACAAUUUUCUUGAGAUUACAGUUCACUAGGAGUUUUCUUAUGACAAUUCAGAAAACAGUUUCUUUCUAAUAGAAAAACCAUAUUGUGAUAUUUUUAUACUUGUAAUGGUACUGACAGUCUUCCAGGAGCUGUCUAUAAAUGAGUUGGAAUUAAUUUAGUUCGCUUCAUUUCAUUAACAUGAGUUUCAACAAAAUUAGUACUUUAUAGGAAUAUCUAUGGUUGAAUGCGAUUCAUACGUUUGGCCGUUCUUUUGAUAUUUAUGCAUUUCAUAAACCGAAAAACAGGCUUUGAACAUGAUAACGUUUUUCAACUGAACCUUGUUCGAAUUUGACAAAAUCAAGUACAUAAUUGUAUGAUUUCAUAUAAUUUUGUUUAUAUGAAUCUUAAUUAUCUCUAGUUUAGAAUAUAUUAUGUAAAUGAAACGAGUGAAGUUAACAAUUAGUAACUCAAUUUUAAUUGUUCAGUUUGUCCAUAUUUCGUCACUAUUCGUCUUAACAAAAAUAUUUGAAUUGGCGCUUCAUAAUGUAAAUUAAAUAUGAUUAUGUCAGCCAUUUUCUAGCUAAUUUUAAAAUCUAUAUGUUUAAACUGAAUUAUCACAUAAUUACGUCUUGACAACCGUAUUUUAUUGUAAAACAUUUCACUGAGCCUUGAUAACUUCUGUUUGAAACAGUUAGACAAGAUUCAGGAAUACUGCGAGCACUAACGCUAUAAAUGAUCAAAGGCAAUUUAAAAUAGAGUGGUUCUAUGAAUAGGAAAAAGUUUUGACAAGAACCCAAAAGUACUCGACUGAUAAAUAACGUUGCGUUAAGUACCAAAACACUGACUAAAUUAAUACACUAGUUAUCAACAUUUGGAAUGAACAAAGUGAUGAGAAAAACAUAGUUAAUUCGCAUUGAGUGUUGAGCUGUUCAUAAUCUGCAGAAUGAAAAGUGGUAAACAUGCUAGCAUUGUUGUCGUCAAACUGCAAUCGUUUCACCAAAGUCUCUAGAUUGGUAGAGAUUUUGGUUGUGAUUACUACGCUAAAUCAUACACUUCUGACAAGGAUUUAAUGAGCUGAUUUUCUGAUGGCAAACUUUAGUUUGUUCAUCAUGUGGGUUUUGUAUCCAACUACCAGUUUAAACAUCACUGUUUGGGCAUCGCUAAACAUUACUGGUACAUCUCAGUAGUCCUUCAAUAGCAUUAAUAUUCAUAUGUAUAUAGCAUUCCGUGUUACGUUGUGUUAUCUGUAACCUCGGAGAAGUAAUCUGAAGUAUAGUGUAUUAGAUUGUUGUAUAAUUCUGUAUAAAUGGAUAGUAAGUCAUUUUGCUGUAGCUACAUAUAUUAUAAUGGAAUUGUUAUAUGUAAUAACAUUUUACAUAUCUAAUUUUCGUCCAUAGGACUCUAUCUACAACAUUGUAGUUAAUAAUUUUUAUUUAUAAAUGCCGUUCGGACCAUUUUGAGCAAAGAUAGGUUGUGGCUAGCAGUGGAAUAAAGGACGCACGCUUUUUCCUAUUUCCGACUCGUCAACUGGAUGUACCUGCAUCCCAGAGUUGAUGUUCACUCCGGGACUCGAACCCAGUACCACUCGCUUCAAACGCCAUCGCGUUAUACUUUUAGCUACUGAGUCCUGAUAUCCACCUGCUUGUGAAUUAAAGCUAUAUCGAGGCAAUCCCCACAGGAUGCACAUAUGCCAACAUGAGACUGAUCAGUUGCAGUCCUAAAUAACAACGGCAAGAUACAAGUAAAAAAACAACACCAAGUGAAUUUAAACUUCAGCCCAUUGCACAAGCAUGUGGCUAUCAGGACUCAGUAGCUAAGUGUAUAACGCGAUGGCGUUUGAAGCGAACGGUACUGGGUUUGAGUCCCAGAGUGAACAUCAACUCUGGGAUGCAGGUACAUCCAGCUGACGAGUCCCAAAUGGGACGAAACGUGCAUCCUAGAUUCCACUGCUAGCCACUAUCGAACUUUGCUUAUAAAAGCUUGUGAAUUAAGGCAAUAUCGAGGCAUACGCACAGUAUGCACAUAUAUAUGCCAAUAAAAGACUGAUCAAUUGCAGUCUAAAACCUCGAUGUGAAGAUACAAGUAAAACAACAACAAGUGCUAUUUGGAUCAGUUUUCAUUUAAAUGAAAAAAUCCGGAUUUUACACAACUGAAUUCGUAUUGGAUACAGUUAGUUUUCUCAAAAAAUCGACGCAUCAAAGUUCAUGAAACCAAAUAUUUAGCGUCACUGUAGUUGCUUUACUUAACCUGACUUUUAUAGAGUAAUUAAAAGUUACCUUCUUCAACGUCUGAUCUUUGAGACCACACUUAUAUGUAAACCAUUCAUCACAGCUUUUUACUUGUAGUUAUCAAAGGGAACUCCACAAAUGGUUUGAAUGAAACGUUUUCUCGUUCUUGCAAAAGUACCACAUCUAAGUGUCGAUCCACCAGGGCUAAAUGUAUUCCAUUGAAAUUGAAAUUUUUCGAAUUCAUGAUAGUUUUAUUACGGUUUUGAUUCUUCACAAGAUGAAUAACCCAUUCACUGCUGUAACGUGAUAAUUUGCACUAUUCAAUUACAGCCGUCUUUUAAUUUCAUUGACGUUUGUUUUAAAACUUCACAUUCUCAGAUGGUUGUCAGAAACGUUUCUGGUUCAAUGGUUUUUAAACGUCAGUCAACGUAACAGAAAUUAAUUGCAUUUUGAAGUACUCAUAUUCUUCGGUCUUCGUUGUUAAGCAGAUCUUGUUAACGUAGUAUUUAGAUGAUGGAAAACUGAAAUCCAUAUUGUCACAAAAGUUUAUUUAGUCCUAGCUUAACGCUGUAGCCGUUUUUGCCUAUCUAUAUUCUUUUAUUUUGUAAUUAAGCCUGUAUUUUUCAUGAAAUUUCCGGAUCGUAACAAUAUUCUGUUUUCAUAUAACUACAAUGGUAAAUUUUAAAUGUUUUCUUUAUGUAUUUCAUUCAUAGUUUGUCUGCGCUAGGCAAUAGUGCAAUAUACCACGCCGAUUCUGAAAAAGUAGACAAUCAUAUCGAUUAUGAAAAAUGCCUGUUUGAUAAAUUAGACAAACAUUUAGAUAAGUCAGAUACUUUUAAGUACAAGGAUUCUGCUGAAAACCGUUAUGCACUUUUCAUUCGAAUGAUCGAUAGACCUGAUUUCCAUCUGGCAAUUUCAGGGAAAACAUGGUCUGUUAUUCAGGAGCACUAUCCUUGGCUAAUACCUAAAGUAAGCUCUCUUUGAGAACUAAUUAAUAUUAUGUAUCACUGUCUUUUAUGGUUUAGCGUCUGGUUUUAGUUCUUAGCAUUUGACCACGGAUCUCAUUUUGACAGUCGUUCAACAAUAUUUUCGUUGGUAAAAAAUCAUACUCAACGAGCUGUAAUUUCAUAGUUCCACUAACCGAAGUAUGACCAUUCAAUUGUAUUUUAGCAUUGAUUCUCGUUCUAAGUGAUAUUCCAAAUAGAUAACGAAACAAGUAGCUCAUUGACAUGACCAUUGUGUUAAUUUAAGUUCAUCUAGUCUUGAUACCAUUUUUCCAGUCACCAAAACUGAAACUUAGGUCAUUAAAUUAAAUAGAGAACAUUUGCCUGUCAUUCAAACUGAAAUUAUGUUUUAAAUAAAUUAAUAUAUUUGUAAUAUCCUAAUGACUAGAAAAAUAAUUUUUUCUGACAUUUCGUGACUCAAUGUAAGUCAUUUCUUCAGAGAAUAAAUUAAAGUUAAUCCAAGUUUGUGUUUAUCUCUCCGAAUAAUAUUCUAAAGUACCAGUAUGAUUGUUUGAUUUUAGCUGGUUGUGAAAGGUACAGUGUUUGCUCGCUUCUCUCCUGAACAAAAAGCACAAGUGAUUGAAGCUCUUCAGUCAGUUGGUUACUUUGUUUCUAUGUGUGGAGAUGGUGCAAAUGAUUGUGGAGCUUUAAAAGUAGCUCAUGCUGGGAUUUCCUUAAGUGAAGCAGAAGCAAGUAUUGCUAGUCCUUUUACAUCAAAGAAACAAAAUAUAAGCUGUGUACCUAUGCUUAUAAGAGAGGGUCGUUGUGCUCUUGUAACAAGCUUUGGAACGUUCAAAUUUAUGGCUGGUUACUCCCUUAUUCAGUCAUUUUCUACAAUUAUACUUUUUGCGAUCGGAAGCAAUUUGUCCGAAUGGGAAUUCCUUUACUGUGAUUUUGUCAUAAUAACGACGUUAAGCUUAACAUGUGAGUUGUUAUUUAUUAGACUUAGUGUACUGUAUAAAUCCCUUUCAUUUUACCUGGCUUCUUGAGACAUUCUCAGUGGGCUUAAGUAUUUUGUGUCCAUUAUCCAAAGGUGGUAAUUAUUUUAAAUUCUCUUUGAUUCAUGAUUCGAGUCCAAAUUUCAACAGUUAAAAUGGGAUACUUGAUUUUAAAAAGUUUCUAAAAUGGUCGGUGUGACUGCACUCAUCAAUUAUAUCAAUUCAAAAAAUCCUAGAAUACAAAACAUCCUUACAUCUAACUUAACAUAGUAAAAUACUAAAUAAAUUCAUAUUCAAAAUAUUCAAGAUAGUAUGUCUUCAGAGGAAAAUCAAGAGAUUUCAUUUCUGUUCACGAUAUCGUUUGUCAUUUUCGGAAACUAUAAUGUAUGCGUUCUAGUUAAUGUUAUCCUGUGAACCCUUUCAAUUUACUUUCUCAUGUUAUGGGAAACACUCUAAAACGACUUUAAACAUGCAAAUAAACACUCAGCUGAUGCGAAACGUUAAAGCGGUAUUGAGAAGUGAAGUAAACAUACCAAUCUUAUCAAAAUUUAUGAGGUCGAUUUAAAUCCGGAAGUACAGUUGAUGAGUUGUUUAAUCAUUGUUAUGGACUUUUUCAGCCUAAAGAUUUGUUUUAUUCUCUAUUACUGGAGUUUGAUUCAGCUCCAGUCAGCAUGUACACUUUGUGUUUUCAAAUUAAAAGUAUGUUUUUAAUAAAUAUUUAUAAAAAUUAAGUGAUUUGGAGCGAAAUACAAAGUUUACAUCAAGAAUACCUGAAAGGUAUCGUCAUUUUAAUCUUUCAGAAUAGCCUUAUAUUUUGUUGUUAGUAAUAUCAAUAGAUUCCUAAGCAAACUUUUAUAUUCACAAUAUUCUUUACUUUAGUUUGUAAUAUUUUUUGUACAUAUGCGCAUACACUUUAUGUUGUGGUGUGAGGAACCUAACUUUUAUGCUGAUGAAAGAUAAUUUCAUGAAUUUUGUUGCUGUUCCAACUUAUUAGUUUGUAAAUAAUCACGACGUCAUUGAGAAUGACCUCAGUGUAAAAUAAUACAAAAAUGUUACAGCAUACACUGAACACUAAUAUCACAUAUGUCGAAAGUAAAGUUUGUGAAGUUUUUAGAAGAACAUCUACAUUCGUCAUAGCUGUUAGACAGUACAUCCAUUUUAAAAAAGUUCGGAUAUUGUCCCAAUGUAAUUUGUAAUAAUGAGGCUUAUCAUUCAUUUAAAUUACCGUUUCAAUCCUCUCCAUAAUUAGUCGAUGACCUAAAUGGUGGUCUAGAUGUUAAUGGCUUUAUCAUAGGUUUAUCGACUUUGCAUAAAACUAUUAUUAAACGUUUCAGGCACCAUUCCUUUGUGCUUUAGUUGUUCAACCUAAUUUGGUUUUAACAAUAUUAGUUUUAGUGAUGUUUACAAAAAAUCACAUAACAGACUGUUUUCUUAAUGUUUUCUAAUUCCUGGUUGGAUAAGAAAAACAAAGCUUUUUGGAUGAACCCCCUCAAUCAUUUUGUCAAAUAAAUAUAUCUGAUUGCGAUAAUUUAAUUCUUUUCAAUUGAUUGACACAUUCAAAUAAUGCAAAAAUUUCGAAUGAUUUUCAAACUGAUCAUGUUUGUUGUGUUGAGUAAAGUACAGAAUAUGUGAUCACAAACGAAUAUAUUGACGAAGGAGCGAUUUUUUGUACAGUUCAAUCAAUAAUUGACAAUAAAUCAACCGAUGUUCUACAAUCACUUAUUUAUUUUUCACAUGCGUCUCAAGUUGUCGUUAGCAAAACAUUUGUUGUUCCAGUAUUCAGUCGUGCUUCAUUUUGACUGCAAUUGGUAAUUUUGAAUACGAAAUUUUCACUUUUACGUUCUAAGGAAUUCUUACUGCACUAAGUUUGGAAAGCAUCCUCUCACACUCUGAACUUGAUUGGUGAUAACCAUUGUAUUCGCUAUCAAUAUAAUGGUUUUCUAUAUAUACAUAUAUUCUGUAUAUAUAACAUCAAAUAAUGAACAUUUUGUGUUUGCUUGUAUAAGUAAUUUCUUAUUGCCAAUGGUGGUUUUAGUAGAUGAGUUGUAUUAUUAUCUCUUAGGUAAAAUUCCGGCUCAAAAUCUAGUAGCAGUCACGAUUCUAAACAAUAAGUAGUAGUUAAUUGUGCUUUCGUAGACUAACUGGGAAGAAUUCUUAAGGUGACUACAAAAUGCCGUUUUAUUUUCUGACUAGUUCAGGUUUAAAAAACCGGCUCAUUUAAAUUUCUAACCUACAUAUUCACUACAGCCGGUUACCCCUCCCUGAGCACAGGGUGCCAACUACAGAUAUCCGAACAACUUUUUUCUUAUUUCCAGUUGUUAAUUGUCAUUUGUUUUGAUGUCUACUUCCAACUACUAACACCAUGGAUUAUUUGGUCAGUCAGGAUUCCAAAAUAGGUCUUACCUUGUGAUUCAGUUUGGUGAUUUUCGUAAACUAUGCCCCAUUCAUCUCCAGUGUCUGAUUCGCUCCUUAACUAGAAGAUGAAUUGUUUUCUUCCAGAGUAGAGUAUUUCUGAUCGACUCUUUCCAAUAAAUCUGGAGUAUCUUGCGUAAAUAGUUGAUAUGAAAACUUGUAACUUUUCAGUGAUGAUGGUGAUAUUCCCCUACUUUUUAACGUUAUCGUUAAGAAUUCUGACUUUUGUGCUGGCUGACAGUACUUUAUAGUUGAAGAUAUUAAUUAAUUAAUAAUCACCUUUAAGGUUGAUUCAUUGAUUAGAAAGAAUUCCAGUUAUGUCGUUUGCACCAUGAAAGCUUAACUGCACACAGGAAAUGUGUUUUUCUCAAGAAAAAUCUACUUUUAUUCUUUCAUUAUAAAAUAAUCUAUAUAUUGACUGCUUUAAUUUUUUCCAUUUUAUGUUAAUGAUCUUCACUAGUUGGAUAUACACAUGCUUAUCCAUAUCUUUCUGCUGAACCGCCUACAAUGAGACUUUUGAGCAUGGUAACAAUGAUUUCAUUAUUUGGUCAAGUGAUAAUUGGUUUUAUUAUUCAGGCAACUGCAUUCAUAUUGAUUCGCUUUCAAUCUUGGUAUGCGAUUUCGUUGAAUUUUAUUUCUGACUGCACGUUGUUAGCGAAUUUCAUUCGUCACUGUUCUUUUGUUAGUUGCUUGCAUUUUCAUAUUUUUACAUAAGUUGUAGAAGAAAAUGUAAAUGCCAGUUAACUGUAAAUGUAUGUAAUACCAGUCCAAUACCUUGCUCAUGAAUAUUCAUAUUAUGAGAAACAUUUUGUACAUUCACUUUUAUCCCAGCUAUAUUGAAGAACUAAAUAGAAAUUCAAGUUGACUUUUACACAUUUUGAUGUAUUUGCAAACAGAUAUUGAAUCCAUGUAAGAUGGUUGCAUGCAGUAGAUAAGAUACUUCAGAUCUAGGUUUGGUGUCGCUUUGUACUUGUUAGUAAAAUUCUUAAACCAUGAAAAGCACUCUUUUUGUGAACAUGAUUGCAUGACUAGGCAACAAAAUUAAAGUUAAUUGGAAACUUGGAACUUAGCUUACAAACUGAACGGAAGCAGAGUUUAACGUUUGAUUGAAGUUGUUUUAUGCAUGCAUUUUGCCUUUAUGCGAUAUGCUUUUUCCUAAAAUUUAUGGUGUGAUGUGUAAACCAAGUAAGAAAAAUGUUUUUCAAUUGUUUUGAAUGUAGUGAAUUAUUGGUCGAUUUAUUUUUCACAGACGUAAACCUUCGAUCAUUUACUCUUAAAUUUUUGUUCGAUCUGUUUGUAACAUUGAGGAAAUUUACCAUUCUUUGAUCAUUCUUUUAAUAGGUAUAUGCCGUUAUAUUCGUACUCUAAUACAGCUGAGUAUAAAAACUACGAAAAUGCGGCUGUAUUUAUAGUCUCCACUUAUCAAUAUAUAAUUUUGGCCAUCGCCUUUUCAAAAGGAGCACCAUAUCGUAAAUCAAUUUUAACUAAUUGUAAGUUGUUUGUGUUUACAUAAGUAUUUAUUAAUGACGUAGAUUGUUAGGUAUUAAAAACGUGAAUUUACUGGAUGUAGCAAUGUGGUAGUGAGAUUUCAACUUAUAAUUUAACAUACAACGAUCCCUUUGUGAUGAUAAUGUUAACACUUGUUUGUUGUUCUUUAUCCAAUGGAACUAAUUAGUGUAUAAUUAUCCGGUUUUAUCUUAGAUUCGGUUUCUUUUUAUCUCUAGGUUAUUAUGCAGAGAUGUUGCUACACUACUUAGUUCAGGUAGAAAUUAUUUCAUCAAACGAAUUGGGAAAAUUCACACCAUUUGAAUUGAUGCGUUUUCAAACUAUUUCCAUCGCACAACGUUUCUUUGAAUUAUAUUCAUAGGGACUUAGUAGUUCUUUAGUUAUUAUAGUAUUUACCAAGUAAUUUACAUAUGUAACUCGGACUAGUUAAUUGUAUGAAAUAUUCAUUUCAUUACUAUGUCAAUAGUUUUAAAACACUAUUCGAUGAAUAUAAACUGGCUGCUUCUUACUAAUCAGCGUGUUAUUUAAAUUUCCAAUUACGGUCAUCUAAUCCGUGUUUGACUAUAGUAUCCACUUUUGAAUGAUUCCACGACUUACUUCACACACAUAUGUUCUUGUUUGAUCUCUAAACAUUUAUAAAGAUUUACAAUACACUAAUCUUUUGUUUCUCUUGUGUUUUAUUUCAAUAGAUGCAUUUGUGCUGAAUAUUUUGGUGUGUUUUGCGUUAAGUCUUUACUUGACAACUUAUCCUGCUAAUUGGAUAGUUGAACUUUUACAAGUAAGUUUACGGAAGACUAGCGUUUCACCUGAAGUAGUAUACAAGUAACUUGGUUUCAAUACCGGCUAUAAUUUUUAUUUGGGUCAGUCAUAAUCAGCAUAAAGCCUGGGACAAUAAAACUUAACGAAGAUAGACACAGAAUGCAUAUUCUCACUCUCGCUCACUUGAUAGCCAGAAUAGAUCACAACGCAGCAAACAGAUAACGUCGAAUCAUAUAAUAUAUAGUUGCUUCCUGACCACAUAUCAACACUACUAAGAAAUUAAAAUAUAAUCUCAAUGAUUGGUCCUUAAUCAAGUAACAGUAGUUUAACAAACGCACAACACAUUGUUUUAUACAUCACGUCAAAGCUUGUAAUUCGGCGAAUACCAAAAUACAACAGUUUAUGUAUUUAAUAAUCAUGCGACCGAAAUGUAAACAGUAACCUCAGAUAGGAUCGGUCCGAAAGUUCAACUUUUCUUGAUGUUUAUUCCGUUAUAACGAUAAUGUAGUAUCAAUGGUAAUGAGUAGAACUAAAUAUUGGGAACUUGGUUUGUAAAGACUGAGUGGGAAUCUAUAUUUGGGAGAAUACUGAGAUUCAGAACCUAGAGAAUUUGAAGUGAUUGGAUCCUUUCCAUUGUAACUAACUCUGAACCAUUUUAUCCAACGUUUCUUACCAUUACUGCAAACAAUGCUCAUAUCGACAGUCAAUAAUUUCUUUUUCUGACACCCUGUCUAGGUUUGGCGGCCUUUAGCUUUCUUCUGGUUCACUCCUACUUCAGAUAACAUUGGAGUUCGAGGUAGUUGAUAGCUGUUCAUACGAAAUAUGUAUACCAGCCACCUCAUUCGAUGAAGAUCUACAAUUUUAUCGACCUAUUGGUAUCUUUGUCUUAUACUCUAUGCCUAACCUUUUUAUUGCUCACUCGAUCGUCCCAUUAAAGUGCGACACUGAAACGAAGAUAACCAAAAUCAAAAGUCUGUAGCCUAUGCAUGUCUUCUACUUUUAUAGGCUAUGUAUCACAGCCAUAGAGCAAUUCAGAAAAGACUGCCACUCCGUAAACUGGCCCUAUGGUUAGCAGAAGUAAAGAAACACAAUUAAAUUCGGCAUUUUUCUUUCCAUACCGUGGUGAUUUAUCUACAUUUAACCGAUACAUUGAUUAUUAGUUCUCAAACUAGUUUAAUUUUAUUCAGUUUGCUGUUCAUAGGUUGCAAAUUAAAACCGAGUGAUUAUAUGGGUUAAUAUUUUAAGACACCAUGCCAGUCAAUCCGAUUCCUCUUAAUUUUGCACAAAAUAAUUUCAGUCCCUUCUUAUCUGAGAUCAAAACCGGUUACAUGGGAUUACAUCCAACUCCAAGUCGCUGGCUAGUACUUAAGUGCUAAAACUAAACAACCAUGCUUAUGAACUUCUGGAGUUCACUUAUCAGUUUCUUCUGGUCUCUCCUACUCCAAGUUAGGAAUGGUUUUUUAAAUCCCACUAAGAUCUGGGGGACUUCUGCUUAUUCUCAUUUACGUUGUUUAUGAAAAGUGUGUAACUGAAGAAUAGCUGGAGGCUAUUUGAACUGUUCCUAACAAUCUUUUGCUAAUCCUUCAGAUCUUCUCAGUUUUGUCUUUUUCUAAAUAUUAUGACAAAUAACUAGCUUUUCGUACCCAUUCCCUUGUUGACUCGGGUCAGUUUCCUACAAGUUCUCAACUUCUCUGCUUUUCUCUUCUAUUUUUUUCUUUGCCCACCACUGCUCAUAAUCACAAACAAUAUUCCUUUUGAUGACCUAGAAGUAUGUUCACAAAUCCCACAAGACAGAGUGAUGAAGCAGAUCCCACUUUUCAUGGGCAGAUAUUGAUGUGUAUGUUCCAUAAAUUCCAGAUAUUACUGACAGUGAUGGAAAUCCGUAGUGUUAGGUAGGGGCAUAGUGUUGGGAUACUCAGAAAAAUAUCCCAAAAACAAUUAUCCGGUUAAGUCUAACGCUACCCUUGAACGUUAAAUGGUGUCAUUUCCCUAUUGGUCGUUUCCCUACUGAUCAAUAUUUAUUUCGCGUGUCAUUUUCCUAUUGGUCAACAUUAUUUAACGUGUCAUCUUUCGGUUGGUCAAUAUUUAUAGUAAUCCUAACUGUAUAAAUAUGCAUUUGUUUGUAAAUCAUUAUUCUGCUGCUCCUGACCCCAUAAACGAUUUUUCAUCUACGGUUCGUGUUCUGAUAUAUUGGAGAUUGGGAAUAGUAUUGGGGUCGAACUGGGAUAUCAGAAGCUUGUCAGUCGGUAGAAUUUAGAGUAGCCAACUCGCGAUUCACAAUAAAUUGGCGACGGAGAUUUAGCAACAAGUUGGUGAAUAACUAUGGAUCCAGCCAAAUUAGAAAAAUUGUUCGAACAGCAGCUGAAGCUGAUGGAGAUGAUUACUCAGACGCAUAUAUCUUCUCGAGUCCCAACUACACCGACGAUUCCUGAAUCAGUUGAUGGUAUUACCAAUAGUAUUUCAGAAUUUCUUUAUGAUCCUGAUGCCAACAUUACAUUUGAUACCUGGUUCAGACGUUAUGAAGACCUUUUCAAAGUUGACUUUGCUGACAAAGAUGAUUCGUGGAAGAUGCGUCUUCUUCUUCGUAAACUUGGUCCAUCCGAGCUGGAUAAGUAUUGCAACUUCAUUCUACCGCAGAACCCACGCGACCGUUCAUUCGACGCCACUAUUCAGUCCCUUAGCCAACUUUUUGGUGAUCAUCAAUCACUCUUCAGUACCCGAUAUCGCUGCUUAAAAUUGGUCAUGAAUGAGUCCGAUGACUUCCUGACCCACGUCGGCGUUGUUAACCGUGAGUGCGAACGGUUCAAGCUCAGAUCCCUCACUGAAGACCAAUUCAAGUCCCUAAUACUCAUAUGCAGUCUUCAGUCACCCAAAUUCUCCGACAUCAGAACUCGGUUGCUUAACCGCCUUGAACAAGAUCCAACACUGACACUUAAUGCGAUCAUAGACGAAUACCAGCGUAUCAUCAAUCUGCAGCGUGACACCACUUUGGUCCAAUCUGGGGGCCAGGGUGGUCCCGAAGUUCAUGCUGUUCAGCACCAGAAAAAUCUUCGAGAUCGACAAACUCAAGUCCUUCGAACGCCAGCGCUGUUUCUAUCUCUAAUCACUCUAAACCGGUUCAGAAGAAGCCCCCUCGCCAUGUUGGCACUGUGGAGCCUGGCAUUACGUGAAGUUCUGUCCAUUCAAACAGCAUAUGUGCGAUCGCUGUCAGAAAGUUGGUCACAAAAGCGGCUUUUGCAAACCCAACCGAUCCAUUAACCGUCGAAAUGCACAGACGCAGCGUCGUUUUCACAAAAGCCGAUUACCUCAUCAAGGAGUUUAGCAGCAGUAUUCCAUACUCAUGCCGCGACUCUACGCAAAUUUCUGACCCUCUCAAUCAAUGGUCAGCCAGUUCGUUUGCAGUUGGACACUGCAUCAGAUAUCACCAUUUUGUCGAAAAGACUUGGCGAACCUUGGGUCAACCUCCCAUCAAACCAUCCUCUCAGACAGCCGUCAGUGCCUGUGGGGGUCAUCUCCGCCUUCAUGGUGAACUCUAUUGCUGCAUUUCAUUCAGAGGUACAACCUUCAAUGGGACAUGCUACAUCACCAAUUCCCCGCUCAACCUUUUAGGGUUAGAUUGGUUCGAAAAACUUGGUCUCGCUGAUCUUCCUAUUAGCGCUAUCUGCAAUCAAGUCCAAACUACUGCUUCUACACAACACCAUGUUGAAGACCUUCGAAAACGAUUUAUUGAACUAUUUAAGCCUGGUCUCGGACUUUGUACCACAACUGAAGCUGUUUUAAAACUGCAGUCAGAAGCUACACCAGUUUUUCGCCCAAAGCGUCCAGUCCCAUACGCAUCUUUACCUCUGGUUCACGCUGAACUUCAACGUUUGGAAACUGAGGGUGUCCUAGUACCUGUUUCUUAUUCAUCAUGGGCUGCUCCAAUUGUGGUUGUAAAAAAAUCCAAUGGUUCCAUACGCAUCUGUGCAGACUUUUCCACAGGACUCAACGCAGCUCUACAGCACCAUCACUAUCCGCUGCCGAUCCCAGAUGACUUAUUUACUAUUUUAAAUGGUGGUACCUAUUUUGCUAAGCUGGAUCUGGCAGAUGCUUACCUUCAAAUUCCAGUCGCUCUAGAAUCCAGAGAGUUGUUGACAAUCAACACCCACCGAGGACUUUUCCAAUAUACCCGGUUACCCUUUGGUAUCAAAACUGCUCCAGCGAUCUUCCAGCAGAUCAUAGACACUAUUCUGGCAGAUGUUUCUGGUGUUGCUACAUACCUUGACGAUGUCCUCAUUGUCGGCUCAACUGCUGAUGAAUUGAAUACCAGAACCCACUUAGUUCUGCAACGCCUCCAGGAUAAUGGUUUUCGCCUUCGCCCAGAAAAAUGCCAAUUCUUCUUACGUUUCGUUAAGUACCUGGGAUUUAUCUUUGAUGCUUCCGGACGACACCCUGAUCCUCAAAAUACUUACGCAAUCCAACAAAUGCCUGCUCCCACUGAUGUCUCCUCACUCCGAUCAUUUUUGGGAAUGAUUAGCUACUAUUCAGCAUUUCUUCCAUCACUGCAUGACGUACGAUAUCCAUUAAAUCGUCUGUUAGAAAAGAAUGCUACUUGGAAUUGGUCAACGCAAUGUGAGUCAGCCUUUUCAAAACUUAAAGCUAUGCUAAGUUCCAAUCUUCUGCUAACCCACUACAAUCCGAAACUACCCAUUGUGGUUGCUGCUGACGCUUCAACGCAUGGACUGGGUGCCGUACUCUCACAUGUCUUUCCCGACGGGUCAGAGAAAGCAGUGAUGCACGCUUCGAGAACACUAACACCUGCUGAGAAACGCUACGGCCAGAUAGAGAAGGAAGCGUUAGCCCUAAUUUUUGCUGUCCGGCGAUUCCACAAAUUCAUUUACGGGCGCCGUUUCACCUUGCUCACAGACCACAAGCCGUUGUUAUCAAUCUUUGGAUCAAAGAAAGGCAUUCCUGCCCAUAAUGCUAAUCGUCUUCAACGUUGGGCGUUGGCGUUAUUGGGGUACGACUUCGACAUCCAAUAUCGACGUUCCGAAGAUUUUGGUCAAGCAGAUGCACUGUCCAGACUUAUCAGUAACCAUUCUACCACUGAUGAGGACACACUCAUAGCCAUAGUAUCAACUGAAGACGAUUCCGGUCCUACGCUAUUAGCGAAUGCCGUUCGAGCAAUGCCUGUUACCGCUGAAGAUGUUCGGGAAGCUACCAGAGAAGACCCGAUUAUCCAAGAAGCGAUCACCUAUGUUCAGAGCAGAUGGCCAGUUAAGCAGCUGAGUGGUGAUAUGCAACAACUAGCGAAUCGUCGCAGCGCUCUCUGUGUUGUUAACGAUUGUCUGAUGUUCGGUGAUCGCGUAGUAAUUCCAACAACCCUACGUUCCAAAGUCCUACGCCAAUUCCAUUCUGGACACCCAGGGAUAAACCGUAUGAAAUCCAUCGCUCGCAGCCAUGCAUAUUGGCCGAAUAUGGACAAGCAGAUUGUCGACUUCGUCAAAAGAUGUUCACACUGUCAAAAAGCUGCGAAAAAUCCUCCUAAGUUGCCUCCAGUACCCUGGCCAAAGUCAGAAAAAGCCUGGUCGCGAGUGCAUAUUGACUUCGCCGGACCCCUAGGUGGUACCACAUACCUGAUACUGGUUGACUCCUACUCCAAAUGGCCGGAGAUAUUGCCGAUUGCGCCACCCUCUACAACUCAAACCAUCAAACUCCUUAAUCAGAUCUUCGUUCGGCAUGGUCUUCCAGAAACAAUAGUAACAGACAAUGGUUCACAAUUCACAUCUAGCCAAUUCCGAGAAUUUUGCCUGCAAAAUUCGAUCAACCAUGUUCGCUCUCCGCCAUAUCACCCGCAAUCUAAUGGACAAGCUGAAAGGUUCGUUGAUACAUUUAAACGAGCCAUGCUUAAAGCACGAGGGGAGGGGACCACAGAAGAUAUCAUAGAACGUUUCCUAGUUGCGUACCGGACGACCCCGCAUGACUUAUUACCAAACUCCAAAUCCCCUGCUGAGAUGCUUAUGGGGCGAAAGCUACGGACAGUUCAUUGUGCGAUGAAACCCAAGCAAGUGGCCCAGCAAAGCCCCCAGAUGAAGAAUACUCGAAUUCCCUACGAAGUUGGUACAAAAGUGUAUGCGCGAGAUUAUAGACACGGAUGCGAUAGAUGGGUAGAGGGUGAAAUCACACAAAAACAUGGGAACGUCAUGUAUGAUGUCAAGGUGAACCAAGAAAUCUGGACCAGGCACCACAAUCAACUCAGGUCAAGGGAAGCGAAGGAGAAAGAAGCAAUUACAAAACACGUCCCACUCGACUUGCUGUUGGACACGUUUCAACUUCCGCCAAUACCUCUAACAGAGACGACUAAGUCAUCUACUCAAGUAGAACAUCCUUCUGGUUCUGUAUGGUUGCCUCGGAGGUCGGAUCGCAAAAGAACACACCCAAAGAAACUUCAAGUAAAUCCUCGGUUACGCCGCUAUUAACUUCUCCAAAGGGGAGGUGUUGGGAUACUCAGAAAAAUAUCCCAAAAACAAUUAUCCGGUUAAGUCUAACGCUACCCUUGAACGUUAAAUGGUGUCAUUUCCCUAUUGGUCGUUUCCCUACUGAUCAAUAUUUAUUUCGCGUGUCAUUUUCCUAUUGGUCAACAUUAUUUAACGUGUCAUCUUUCGGUUGGUCAAUAUUUAUAGUAAUCCUAACUGUAUAAAUAUGCAUUUGUUUGUAAAUCAUUAUUCUGCUGCUCCUGACCCCAUAAACGAUUUUUCAUCUACGGUUCGUGUUCUGAUAUAUUGGAGAUUGGGAAUAGUAUUGGGGUCGAACUGGGAUAUCAGAAGCUUGUCAGUCGGUAGAAUUUAGAGUAGCCAACUCGCGAUUCACAAUACAUAGGCUUAUGAAUCAUCACUUGCGCAUUACCAUUUGCUUUGAAUUCUAAUACUGUUUCUUAAUCAUUGACGAGCACCAUUUUUAAAUAAGUUUUUGUUUUUUGUAGGUAAAUUUCAUAUUGUUGUAAUUUAUGAAUAAAUGAUUAUUUUCUCAUACAAAUGUUGAUAUUCAUGCACAACUGGUACUCAGUCACCAAUAAAAUUCAUCUUUUAUUGUAAAUGGAAGAAUGCUUUGUGCUCAAAAUAUGCUAAGUUUUACUGUUCAUAUUUAAUUUCGAUAAAGAAUAUCACUCUGAAAUCUCAAACAUUGUUUGAGUGAGCUUUGCCUUUCGGUCAUUACUAAAUUGUAUUUAGCAGUAAAAAAUAAAACAAUCUCUUUUCCUCUUGCUAAACUGUUAUGUUUUAAGUGUUGGUAUAUUUGAUGGAUAGUCACUGUUCCAGCUGGUAUUUGUACUCAACAAUCAUAGCUCUGAGCACUCGAUCAUUAAUCUCUAGGAUGAUGAGUUACAGUAAUUACGUCAUGUUCAGCAUACAUUAUUAUUCAUUCUGUUUCUUAAAUCCAUACUAUUCAGCAUGUGUUAACACAUACGUCAUAUGACUACGAUUUCCUAUGUUGUAUACAUUUUUGAUCCUUCCAACCAAUUCUUUCUACCUAAAAAAAGGAAUUGUUAUACCAGUCUCCAUUUUAAAAUAUCGCGUUUAGUUCUCGAAAAAUUUUGUUAUCUACAGUUCUGCUUCCUUAUUGAAAUGUUUGUUAAAUAUUACCGAUUCGAAAAAGGUCAUUACCGUUAAUGGUAUACUUUGUGAAUUCUCAAAUCGUGUCUAAACCUGGUAUCUUCUAUAUUUUCGUUUUGCUAAUAAUCUUACAAUUCAUUAUUGACAAUGAAAGUAUAAUUUCGUAAUAAUUAAUUCAUAGAGAAUGUGAUCUAGCACAAUCAUCACUAGUUGAUGUAACGUCUUUUUGACAAAAUUACCUCAUUUAAGUUACUUAAACACCUUAGUUUAAAGGACUUUAUUGUUUGUUUGUUUUUUGUUUUAAAUAUAUAUUAAGACGUUUAUGUUACUUAUAAAAUGAUUUACUACAUUUCUUCAAAAUGAAAACUGUUGUUGUGGUUACAUUGAAUUGACAUAAUGAGUGAAAGUUGCAUAAAUUUAUGUAUUUAAUCACUAGAUAGCGAACAAAAUGUUGGUGAAUUCUGUUUGUGAAAAUUUUUAUCUUGAACCAGUGAAUAUUUAAAUUGUCAUGAAGAAUUCCCUUUUACGUGGCUUCAUCUGUUUUUCAGAAGAAAGUAUUUUUAUGCCGAUAAAACUCACCCAAUACCUUUGUUCGUGUUCGAAAAUAGUAAUGUUAGCUGCUUAAAGUAACCCUUUGAAAUGAUUCUAAAGCAGUUAAACAUGUAAUUUUGUUUUACCAACAAAGAAGUUUGAAUGUUAAUUAAAGUUCCACUUUGUAACGUGCAUAAGCCUUUGUCAAUUUAAUUAUAUAUAUAUACAUUUCUUUAUGAGUGAAUUCCUGAAACGUAAUAGAUAGGCAUUCUGAUUAUUUAUCACGUUGUACAAAAACUUUCUUCUUCGCGUGACCAAAGGUUCAAACUUCACUGUAACAACAUGACAGUAAGACGUCAUCAUUAAUACGUAAUUUUUUAUUCGAUUUUCGACCGAACAGGCUUUUUCCAAACCAUGUGUAAUAAACCGUUUUGUGAUCCACUAGUGUAUUUCUGAUAUAAUGGAAUGCUGUUCAAGUGUUAUCAUAGUUGUAUAACCAUUUGUUAUUCAAAUCAAUGGUAAUGAAAUGUGUUUUCUAGUGAGUUUCGUUAAUAAAUCAGUUUUGAAGAGUUUAGUUUGUCCUCUUUUCAUUCAAUUCAGAUUUUGUUAUAGGGCAAUCGACAUUAUACUGAUAGCCACAUAGUCAAUGGUAUUUCUGUAUUUAUUCUAUUCUCUGAAAUGAUUUAUUAUUUGCAAAGUUAGAUUAGAACUAUUAAACAAGAAGACUAAGAUAUUCAGUCACUAUGUUUUCAGUUACAAUGAAAAUCGUUUAUAAAAUAUGAGGAUAUUUUCAGAGUCGCAUAUAUUGAAAUUGUUUUUAUCGAUUAUAGUUAGUCCGAAUUCCUUCUAUUUGGUUCAUACUCAUUUUACACUCCAUGGUUUUGGCGAAUUUUAUGGCUAGUUAUAUUGUUGAAUCAAUUGUUGAUGGAGUCUCUUUUCGACGUCGUAUACGUCGCAUUCGUCGAGCGCUAUUUCCAAGACGUGUGGAACGCAAAGCUUAUGAGCGAAUUCGAGAAGAAAUUGACAGGUCAGCUGGUGUUUGGCCUCCUCUAUUAAGAUCUGCCAGUCUACAAGCAUUACCACGGGAUCUGUUCACUGAUGAAAAUUUAGACGUGACUACUCGUCCUAGAAGUAGACGGCUCUCUUCUGCAGUAUCGAAUGACACAGAUGUAGAUGUUGCCUCUGUUCAAAGUGAAAUAACUGACAGACGACAGCUUCCCUUUAGCAGUACAGACGGUGAUAUCGGUCUGCAUAAAGUUGUCAGUAAACACUUUUCUAAUCAAAUGAGUGUAAAUGAAAAUCCAAAUCAAACUUUUACUCUUGGUGGUUCUUUAAAGAAGCGCAAUCUUUCAGUGGACUCACUACAGCAUCACACUGUUUAUGAUCCAGAUGUAUUUGAUCAUUCUUCAGUGUCAAGUACACCUUCAGCUUUACAGGUUCCUGUUAUCGAAAGCAUGAGUUCACAUUUGAGAAAUGAGGGUGAAGAAAAUCGUGAAUAAGAAAACUGUCGGUGAAUUAUAUGGUUUUUUAAUUAUAGAAGUUGAAGUGUUUUCCUGUAACAAUUCGCUUCACUUUUUCCAAAGUCAAGUUAUAUUUGCACUGUCAUUAACCUUUUAUUUUUCUACAAGGUUAACAUAAUUGCUUAUGAUAUAUUUAAAUGCCAAGAUUGUGUACUUUUUAUACAAUGUUCGUUGUAAUAUUGGAUUUUUAAUAUACUGAAUGACUUUACCCCUUGUCACCUGCACAUAUUUUGAUUUAUUUGCUCUCUUUAAAUGCCAAAAUGUUUACUUCGAUACUGUAUUUUUUUCGAGAAUCCCAGAUAGUGUUAGCAUAAAACGUAUUUUGCAAAUGAUAUUUGGUAAAUUAAUAACGAUGUUUACUAUUUCCAAAAAAACAAUGUAUUUCAUUGCUAUCUAAAAAUGUUAGCUUGACCUAAAUUGCUAAUUGUAUUACAACGAAUAUUUUGUAGAAUUUCAUAAGAAAUGUUCUUUAAAGGUGAACAGUUUAUUUGUGUUUUUAUGACAACUUAUUCCAAUAGAUUAUUCCCUCAUUGAUAAUAUUUUGGCACAAUACAGUUACAACUUGCUGGUUUGCCAGCUUAUUAGAAGUGUAGCACAUUUUUGUUUCUUUUAACUCGUCUAAACUAAAGUAAUUAGCUUUCAUUGUCAAAUAUUCUGUGCAACAUGGAAGCUUAUUUCUUUGUUCUGAAAUAACGUAAUGGUAAGUGGAUACUGAAAUAAUAUAUGCAUGUAAACAUUUAUAUCUAUUUUGAAUUAGUCAGAAAUGCGGAAUUUCCGUUUGUUAAGGUUCUAUGUCAUCGAUGAUCAAUUUGAAAUAAUCUGCAAAAAAUUUAUGCAUUUGUGAAAGAAUAUGAUUUUAUAGAUAUGAUAACUGACUCUGCGUUGGAUACUAUAAUCCUACUUUCUAUAGUGUUAUUGGUACCCAUUGUUCAAUAAACUUUCUUAGUUGGUGCAUAUAAUGUUGUCCGUACUACUAGGUUUCGUAGUUGUUGCAUGUAUUUUUACUCAUUUAUUCCCUUUUGAAGUGCAUAAUUAACUGUGAGUAUUGUCAAGUUUCUUGUACAUCUAUCUCCAAAUAAAGAUGUUCAUGGGUUGACUUGACUGCAGAUGAAUAACACACUCUUAAACAUCGAUAGACAUAAUAGUAAUACACUUGUUAAUCAGUUUCUUUUAUCUGAAUGAUGGUAAAGAUAAUCCUAAUCACCCAUUGCAAGGUAAGUUACUGUCCGUUUUGUUCUAAUUGUAAGCUGUUUUAUGUAUUUUGUGAUAAAUCGUAGAAUGUUUAGAUCUAUUACGAAAUUUGUUUCUUAUCAGAAUAGGGAUUUGUGUAGAUUGUAGUAAUUUUAAUAGUUGAACUCAUGAGAUGAUCUAAACUAGAACACCAUUGAAAACCUGGAAGCACAGACAAUGGAUGAAGGGUUGCGUAAGAUCAUGGAUCGAUUGAAGUUAGAUACUAACACUGUUGGAUGCCGGCUCAGUGGUCUAGAGGCUAAGCGUUCGCGCGCGAGAUCGAGAAUUCUAGAUUCGAGUCCUGUGUGCGGGAUCGUGGGUGUGCAGAGCUUAGGAGUUCCAGAAUAGGACGAAGGGGCCGUCCAAUUCUUCUAAGUACUCAGUGGUGGUCUAGCUUAGAUUAACUAUAGAAUUCAACUAUUAAAAUGUGUUUUGUUUGAAAGGAUUGAAGCUAGAUAUAUGAUUUAUACAGCUUAUGACCGGGAUUGGACUUUUACUAAUGAGGUUACUCAAUGAGUACACUUCUGUGUAUAAACCUUAUGUUCAAGAAUUCGAAAAAUUGCUGGAAUUACAGCGCUGAAACUAUCAAAUGGUUUUUAAUGUAAGACUCACAUCUUGGUCUCCUACUGUCUGAUUAGCAAACAGAUUCUAAUGAAAUGGUGAUUGAAAGCUACCCUAAAAAUAUCAGUGCUUGACAAACGCGAAAUUGAUUCCUAACUUAAAUACACGCAGUGCAUAUUGUGAACUCUACUUAUUGUCUGUUUCAUUGUGGUGCUACGUAAAGUCUCACCUGAAUCUAAAAAUUAUUAUUAUUUAUUUGGUUUCCACACUAUCUUAAAAUUCCAAGGUUUCAAUAAACGUUUUGAAUAUCUCAGAUGGUUAAAGUACUUACACAAAUACAGUUGGUUAAGUUGACGAGAGAUGUAAACAAAUUGAAUUUAAUAGAAUUCUUCAUAAUAAUAGGUCGUCAAUUUUGUCGAUUAUCAUUUGUUCAAAAUCGUGGGGAUUUAUAAGUAAAUAUAUAUAAGUUAGAUUUAUCUCGACACGAAUUUAUUAUUGAAGACCAUCUUACUAGAUAUAUUUGAUGCAUCUGUCGAAACAAUAUCUGUAACAUGAAAGGUGUGGAGUACUAAUGAAACCCCAGUUGUACGCUACAUUGUUGUUACUUCUAAGCCUUGACCGUGUUCAAAGCCAACUGGAAGCUUAUUUUGAAACCAGGUCAUUCAUGCAUUUCACGUCAAGUCCCAUACAUUUCAUACACGAAUUUUCAUUUAAUAAAUCUAGAAAAUCACUUUUAUCGAAGGAAAGUGUAAACACCUGGGGUUAGAUCUGACAACAGAUACUUAAUUAUGUACUCAUGGAAGGAACAUUGCUUUGAGGACUACUUCAAAAUGUGAUUAGAAAAACCCAUGACUGAACACACGACUGUUUAUUAACAAUUUCUGGCGUUGUUUAGAUUAAUCAAACUAACAUUUUGACGUACCAUAAUCCAUUGACAACUUUUAUAAUUCAGCAUGUAUGAUCUAACUUUCCAGUCAGUAGUAAAUUGCGGAUGAAUGAUAAAGAUGUUUUAAGCUUGUACUGUGCCAUGAAACCUAACUGAAAACCUUUGACACUGACCUAGCUGUAUCAGACAGAGUCGGUUAUUUUUCGAAUUGCCUCUUUUGCUCUUCUAACAAUUGAAAUGGGAAAGCAUGACUUGAUCUUUAAUCAGUAUUGAUUCAAAUAUCAUCUGGCUAUCGAGAUAUAAAUAUAGAUAAACGAAAGAAAACAGAUUUAUUUGAUAAAUUGUAAUAAGUACUACAAAUGUUGAUUUAAAUUACUUCACUAAUCCUACUUAGAGUAUCUACUAGUCUUUAAUGUGAGAUUGAACUUGUGAAGAAUUUGUUUAUGGGGAAAAGAGAACAUUUUCUGUUAGUCUCACGUAGAGACUUUCUUUAAUACUAAGGACGUUCUUAUACGUCCAAAUUAUAUGACUGGUUAUCUAUUCAAUUGUUAAUAAAAACAGUUCAUAUCAUGUAAUUAACUUUAGUUGCAAACAACUCCUAGAUGGAAGCUCAUCUACUCCGGUCUAGCAAUUUUUUAUUCAUAAAUCUAUUGAAUUCCAAAAGUAAAUCAUCCUUUGAACUGAGUGGAUCCUUUCUGUAAUUUAUUGUAAACUUAACAUUAUCAAUGAUAAGUUUAUUCAAUAUUUCAUGAACAAUGCACACAUUUUCAUAGUGUUGUGCACUUGGUAUUUAUUACUCGGCUUUGAAAUGAAUGUCUUAGUCAUUAUGAUAAAUUGCAAAAACUUGAAAAUCUGAUUUUAAAUAAAAAGAACACUUACAUCAUAUGCAUUUACUGUCUCAAGAUUAUAUCGAAAAACGUGGGGGUAGCUGUCUAUGGCUCACCCUGGAUUGCGUGGUUGGCGUUUUUUAUAGUAAGGUUUUUUUUGAGGAAUGAAUUUGGUAAACUCUUGCCAAAUUCACCUCCUGUAUGUUUAAGAGGACAACUAGUAGCUUUAGAGGGGCUCUAGGAGGAGUUUGAAAUUUUCAACAACUAAUGUAUCCUAAGACAGAAUCGUCAUCAGUUUAUCAAGAUUAGUUUAGAUCUCGGUCAAUACAUCGAUCCAUAGUCUACUUAUGAGUUGUGUAUACAGAGCCCAGACACUUCAGCCACUGUGGAUGAUCUUAGUGUUAAUGCACUUAUACAUCAUUGUAUUUGAAAUAUUGAUGUGGAAGCCAUCAAGGAGACUUCAGCUAUCCUAGUAUUUACUGGUGACAAGUCCGUGGAGUAAUGAGGAAUUCUCAACAGUACUAUAUAUCCACUGUUGGUUUUAUUGGUUUUAUACCUCAGGAAGGCAUGCUAACAUC